AUGGGUCUGAGAUAUGAACGGAUAUAUAUUAUCACUCCUCUUCCCUCUACCUGCUACAUCAUCACUUCUCCCUUUCUCUAUUUGUCAUCUUUCUUAGUCCUCUCUCCCUUUGUCUCUUUUGCUGUCACUUUACCUCUCUUUUCUUUUCCCUCUUUCUUUCUCUCUUUCAUUCUACUUGUCGCCCUCCUUUUCUAUCGCUUUCUGUUUGUUGUGUGUUUAUCUAUCUAUCUAUCUAUCUAUCUAUCUAUCUAUCUAUCUAUCUCUUUGAGAAGACUGCAAAACAUUGCAGACAUUGAGACGAGGACUACUGACCUUGACUUUACCUUUGCGUUCACUUCUUCUUCUUCUUCUUCUUCUUCUUCUUCUUCUUCUUCUCGUUUUUUCUACUUCUCCUCCUCCUUCUUCUUCCUCUCCUCCCUAUUGUUGCUGUUGUUGUUCUUCUUCUUCUUCUUCAUCUUCUUCUUCUUCUUCUUCUUCUUCUUCUUCUCGUUUUUUCUACUUCUCCUCCUCCUUCUUCUUCCUCUCCUCCCCAUUGUUGCUGUUGUUGUUGUUGUUGUUGUUGUUCUUCUUCUUCUUCUUCUUCUUCUUCUUCUUCUUCUCGUUUUUUCUACUUCUCCUUCUCCUUCUUCUUCCUCUCCUCCCCAUUGUUGCUGUUGUUGUUGUUGUUGUUCUUCUUCUUCUUCUUCUUCUUCUUCUUCUUCUUCUUCUUCUUUUUUUCUACUUCUCCUCCUCCUUCUUCUUCCUCCUCCCCUAUUGUUGCUGUUGUUGUUGUUGUUGUUCUUCUUCUUCUUCUUCUUCUUCUUCUCGUUUUUUCUACUUCUCCUCCUCCUUCUUCUUCCUCUCCUCCCUAUGGUUGCUGUUGUUGCUGUUGUUGUUGUUGUUCUUCUUCUUCUUCUUCUUCUUCUUCUUCUUCUUCUCGUUUUUUCUACUUCUCCUCCUCCUUCUUCUUCCUCUCCUCCCUAUUGUUGCUGUUGUUGUUGUUGUUCUUCUUCUUCUUCUUCUUCUUCUUCUUCUUCUCUUCACUGUCUGUCUGUCUGUCUGUCUGUCUGUCUGUCUGUCUCUCUCUCUCUCUCUCUCUCUCUCUCUCUCUCUCUCUCCUCUCCUUCAACAUCUUCCGCUACGCGCGAUGGCCCCGAGAGCGUUAAGGGCAAGGUUGUCAUAUCUGCUCGCCCCCCUGCCAAACACCCUUUACCUGGAUUAGCUCUUAUCGUUGAUACGAACGCUUCCAGCAUCCGCCCGCAAAGCCGACACUACCUCCUCCUCCUCCUCCUCCUCGGCAUCACUUUUCUCCACCUCACAUUAGAUCGACAGCUUUUUCAGCUACUGACCGAUGCCUUCCAGGCUCGUAUGUGUUCUGUUGAUCUACUAUCAGCUCAAUGCGUUGCUGCAAUCUCCUUUCCACACACAGGUCACAUUCGUCCUUGA